CGCCUAUGAACUUUGGGCACUGCCGCCGCCCGUAGUAGGCGUCUCCAACAUGGCGGCUCCCCAAGAUGUCCACGUCCGGAUCUGUAACCAAGAGAUUGUCAAAUUUGAUCUGGAGGUGAAGGCGCUAAUCCAGGAUAUCCGUGAUUGCUCAGGACCACUAAGUGCACUUACUGAACUGAACACAAAAGUGAAAGAAAAGUUUCAACACUUACGGCGCAGAAUACAGGAGCUUGAGCAGUCAGCUAAGGAGCAAGACAAAGAGUCAGAGAAGCAAGCUCUGCUCCAGGAAGUGGAGAAUCACAAGAAGCAGAUGCUCAGCAACCAGACCUCAUGGAGGAAAGCCAAUCUUACGUGCAAAAUUGCCAUCGACAAUCUAGAGAAAGCAGAACUGCUCCAGGGAGGAGAACUCUUAAGGCAAAGGAAAACCAACAAGGAGAGCCUAGCCCAGACAUCCAGUACCAUCACAGAGAACCUCAUGGGGAUCAGCAGGAUGAUGUCCCAGCAGGUCCAGCAGAGCGAGGAAGCCAUGCAGAGUCUAGUCAAUUCUUCACGAACUAUCCUGGAUGCAAAUGAAGAAUUUAAGUCCAUGUCGGGGACCAUCCAGCUGGGAAGGAAACUCAUCACAAAAUACAAUCGCCGAGAGCUGACGGACAAACUCCUCAUUUUCCUUGCUCUGGCUCUGUUCCUCGCAACUGUUCUCUACAUUGUGAAGAAGCGGCUCUUUCCAUUCCUAUAA